AUGGUGGUUAACACGUUCUUAGCGUUCGUUAUGGGUAUUGACGCACUCUUUUCGCUCAAGGGCCGGGUGGCCGUCAUCACAGGAGGGGCACGUGGCUGUGGGCUUGCAUUCGCUCAGGGGCUCGCAGAGGCUGGCGCGGAUAUCGCCAUCUUCGAUAUGAUCGAGCCAGCUUCGGGAUUCCACACAAUAUCUAAGGACUUUGGUGUACAAACAAAGUCUUAUCACGUCGAUGUAACCUCCACGAGUAGCCUUGCCUCGGGGUUCGCGUCAGUCAAGGCAGACUUCGAUGGCAAGUUGGACAUCUUGGUAGCCUGCGCGGGUGUAAAUAAGAAUGUCGAGUUUCUUGACACCACCGAGGAAGACUAUGACAAGCUGUUUGCAGUCAAUGGCAGAGGCGUUUUCUUCGCGGCGCAGCUGGCUGCAAAGGCUAUGAUCGAGAACGGCACGAAGGUCGGCAGUAUCAUCCUCGUUGCGAGCAUCGCAAGUCACAUGGCAAUCAGAUCCCAAAGAUCAUCUGCUUAUUGCGGCACCAAGGGUGCUGUCAGAGCAAUGGUGGCACCGAUCGCAGCUGAAAUGAACAAGUACGGUAUUAGGGUGAACUCGAUUAGUCCGGGAUAUGUCCGCACAGAAAUGACGGCCCCGUUCCCUCAUCUCAUGGAAGGAUGGAAAGACGAGAUAAUGAACGGGAGGGUAGCUGAGCCAGACGAUAUCAAAGGCGCCUGUGUGUUCCUGGCUAGUGAUGCUAGCAGCUACUGCACUGGGUCAGAUAUUCGUGUGGAUGGUGGUGUAACUAUGUGGUAG